AUGAUUAUGAUUUUGUUUUCUUUGAAAGUUCUUUUGACAGUAACUUCAUUAGAUCGCAUGCAUGCAACAAUUCGUCCCUUCAGGCAUCGCUUCAUCAAAAAGUGGGUAUACGGGGUAACAAUUGCUGGUGUCUGGGUUUUAACUGUAAUUUUAUCGACCGCCACUUUUAUAGUUAGAAAACGAUAUGGAGAAUGGUUGUAUAGUUAUUACGUAUGGCAAUCAUUCAUUUGUUUGUGUCAGUUGGUUAUCUAGUUUGUUUCUUCCUCCUCCAUUGUUCUAAAAUUUCUGUGUGGAGCGGUGAAAUAAUUUUUGUAUGUGUCGAUCAAAUAGUAUAGGGCCAAUUUGUUUUUUGUGCUGAUUGACGAACAAAGUUCUAAUUAAAAAAAAUGUGGGGGUAGAUAUAUUAAGCGGAAGAUAAUAAGCAAAGGAAAUUAUUCAACCUUAGCUCACUCUUUUGUGCAAUAUUUCCAUAUUUAAAACAGUCAUGUGCAGAUAAUUUAAGACCGGAAGAUUAUUCUUCGCCGGAGUAACACUGUCCAACGCAGAUGCCUUUUACAAGCCUAACUCUGAUGAUUAAUUUUUCAAAUAUAGAUGCAUAUUUUUCCCAUCGCUUUAUCAGAGCAGACAUCCAGCAAAGCAUUUUGUGAAAAGUUAGUUAUUUAAAAGGAGAAAACCAAAAAACGUUUUAACUUUGGUAUCGUACAAUUGAGUAUUUCUUUAAGAAACGGAUAUUUGACCUAAGUCCUGCUUAGACCACCGGUGCAAACAUUCAGAGGACCUUCAGAUCUUUUCAUGUGGUAGAGGCACACAAAGACUUUUUUCUGUAGAAUAUCUGUUCAAAGAAACUCAGUAUUGUAUGUAGAAUGCUAUAGCUCGAGAUAGGUUUAAAAUUCUUAGAUGAAUGUUCCAUUGUUUGUCUCAGUUUUUGGAAUUCAGUCUGUUAUUAUGUUUCUACGAUUAAGUAAAUUUGGGUUUUUACCUUUCUUUUCCCAGGUUUAGUCAUCAUUGGUAAACUUGAAGGACUACUGGAAUUUUCGGCUUUCUGAAACAAUAACGGAAUGAGGUAUUGGAAAAAGUUGAGCUUAGAACGCGCGCAUUUUCAGAGCUAUAAGAGCACUCUUACUAACUGAAGUAUUUGGAAAAAACAUAUCUAAAGCUCGUUAAAAAGAGGACAUUUUGCAAAUCCCUUAAUUAGCCCAUUGUUAUAUCUAGGUUCCACUGUAUAUUGCCGUAUAAGCUGCUGUCGAGCUCACUAUAGACGUCAGACCUAAUUUCCUUCGUUAAGUCGUAAGGUUUUAUUAAUUUGGCGGAAGAACUUGUUGCGACCCGUAUUGGAGUUACAAGACAAAAAACCUUGAAGAAUGGUAACAAAUUCAUUUGACAGAAGCUACGUCACAUAAAAAAUAAAUAUGGAGCUAACAUGACAAGAAGUUCGGUUGACUAUGAAAUUAGUAGAAGAUAACUGACAAUGCAAUCGACUUUUUCCGUUCUCACUAUGGAUAAUUGAUUGUCUUAAAAGGGUUAGCUGAAAUGGUCAGUCAUUCUUAUACUCAGGUGAACAAGCGCCGGCGUCAGUUAGUUAAUUAUUCAGCUGAAAACUAUAUAUCAAACAUUUAUAUUAUCGCCCUCAGUUUAUAGUCAACUGAUUGUAAUGUCCCCUGAAAAGCCUUUGAUAUUUUCUUCCAUAGGACAAAGCAACCAACCAACCAACCAACUGAAAAACCUUUAGUUAAGGUGAGCAUUUUUGCAUAGUUUUAUCAGGCAAUUACAGAUCAAAUAAUGUUUUAACGGGGCUUUUAUUAUAUACAAGUUAAAAAAAAAUACAAUUUAAAGAAACGGUUCGUGUUCGUUUAGUACUCGAAUGAUAGACCGUGCGGCGAUAUUAUCAUUGCGAGUGCUGAUCAAGUAGGGUCCAUUUAAUGUGGGCUGAUUGAAAGAGGAAGUUCAAUUUAUACUACUGAAAGUUUAAUUCAGAACCUUUUUUUUUAAGGCGGUACGUAUAUUAAGCGGAAAAAUGAUAAGAAAAGGCAAUUAUUUUAGUAUUUUAUGUUAAGUGCAAUAUUUUCCAAAACAGGUGUUCAGAUAAUUUAAGACCGUAUUAAUCGAGCCGGACGUUAUUCUUCGCCGGAGUAACAUCCAACGCAGAAGCCUUUACAAGCCUAAUUGAUAUUUUGCAAACUCGUUUUCCGCUUCGUCAGCGGAGGCAUCCAGCAAAGAAUUUUUUGAAAGGUUUGUUAUGCACAAGAAGAAAAGAAAAUGCAAGUCUAUCGUAGAGUUGAGCAUUUAUUUAAGAACCGCAUAUAUUUAAACCUAAGUCCUACUAAUAGCCGACUGUUUAGGACAUUCAUAGGACUUUUUGACCUUUUCAAACAUGUGGUAGGGACCGGCGCAAAGGUUGAAUUUUUUCUGUAGAAAAGCUAUUCGAAGAGGCACAGAAUUGUCUGGAAAUUUCUAUAGCUCGAGAAAAAAAUUUCAAGAUAAAAAAUUUCCUUUCGUCUCAGUUUUUUGAAGCUUUAAGUCCAUUAAUUUUUCUACGAUAUUAAGUUCGUUUUUUACCUUUCACUUCCCAGGUUUGAUCAUCAUUCCUAAAAAGGACUACUAAAAUUUUUGGCCUUGGAAACAGUAACGGAAAGAGGUAUCGCAAAAUGUUGAGUUUUCAGUAAACUAUACAAAUUUUUAGAACAGUAAUAAGAAGGAGGUAUUAAAUUCGCAUAGACUAAGGAGCUCUAGAAUUACAAAACAGUUAAAAAUCUUAUAGUGCUUCUUAGAAAGCAUUUGCAAAGCUUUAAAAAAAGCUAAAAAGAUAUCCUAAAAUGAUUAUAAUAGGAUUUUUGAGAAGGCUGGCUUUGUGUAUGGUGGGUUGUUUCAAGCAGCGUGAUGUUUCUCUCGCUCCUCACUAUAUAUAUGCCUACACAUAAAUGCUCGCAAUGUUUAAAUACAAGGUUAGCCAGCCGAAGGUGACUUGAACUCUCUUCAUUUUUUCAUAUGAGAAAUUUCAGUUCCGUUAACCGAGUGAAAUUGUUUACGUAUAAAGUUAUGAAUAAAAUUAUGAAAAUCAUAUAUGAGAACUGCGGGAUGAAGAAUUAUGUAAAAGAAGAUCAUUGCAGUUAAAGACGCAACUUUUGCAAUUGGGAAAAGAAAGCUUUUUGCGUCUAUAACUGCAAUGAUCUUCUUUCAUAUAAUUGUUUAUGACUGUAUAGUUUGCAUCACAACGUAGCCUGAAAACUAUGAUAUUUUCUCAGCAGUAGCUCUGAAAGUAACUUGACCAUUUGCUGUGCAAAAUCAAGAGUUCCCUUUUUAUGAUAACUUUUAUAGCUUACAAAACAGAAAAACACCAUUAAACUUCCUUUUUUUCAGCAGAGACGCAUGCGGAAUAAAAACUAAACCGUUUGUUCCAACAACCGUUACUGUCGAUUAGCGUCCUAAUGUAUCUCAGAUCUCGUAAGCGACCACUCAGUCUUUCUCAUAUAAAAUGAUUAGUGAUAUUUGCGGAACUAACAUCAACCUUCUUUGUUCACGUUCUUCAUUGAAUUUUUUUUCAAAUUCUUCUGAAACGUGGACGAGCAACAGAGAGAAAAAGGGAAUUAAAAGUGUGAAGCGAAAAAAAUAACAAGCCAUGAUAUCAUCCGAGUACAUCACCUAGCUCGCUGUAAUCCUUACCAUGUCUGUUGCUAUAGUAACAGAGAACCUUCUAUCAAUUGUUCUUUUUAUAAAAAAACCGCAGUCUUCGCACUCGUGCCAUGUACCUAGUUAUAAACCUGACCAUAGUUGAUAUGUUUGUCGGAGGAUUUUCUCACUUUCCGCAGACAUUGCAGUAAUUUCAUUGGAUCAGAUGCAUGCAACAAUUCGUCCCUAUACAGCCCUUAGGCAUCGCCUCAUUAAAAAGUGAGUCUACGGGGUAACAAUUGCUGCUCUUGUCUGGGUGUUACCUGAAAUGUUUAUUAUACUAAUCCUUAAGAAUCGAAUGUUUAACCAAAGUCCUAUAUUAAGCACAUCUAGUGGACCUUCAGUCUUUUCAUGUGGUAGCCCGGGGCACCCAAAGGCUGGUUUCUGUGAAAUAGCUGUUCGAAGAAGUACAUAUUAUCUAGAGAUUUCUAUAGCUCGAAAAAAGUUAAAAAUUCGUAAAUGAAUGUAUCAUUCAUCUCAGUUUUUCAACGUUUUCAGUGUAUUAACUUCUAUGAUUGAAGCUGGGAAUGGGAUUUUCACUUUUCACUUGUCUUCCCAUAUUUGGUCAUCAUUCGCAAAAAUGGACUACUUAUAAUAAAUAUUGGGCUUUAAAAUCAGUAACGAAAAGAUGUACAUCGGAAAACGUUGAGUUUUCAGUAUAUUUAAUAGCAUCAAAGAUUUUCGAAAAAGUAAAGCGCUAAUAAAUUCGCAUCGGCUGAAGAAGCCCAAGAAUGUGACCAAACAGAUACAAACUUUAUAGAGUUUCCUAGAACGCAUAUUUGCAGAGCUGCUUUUUAAAACAACAAUCUUAAAGAUAUCCUUAAAUGGUUUGAGUAAAUUUUGGAGAGAGGCAGCGUCGGAUAUGGUGGGCGGGUUGUAGAGCGAUGUUUCUCUCCUCCUCACUAUAAUAUAUACUUACCCACUAGGAGUAAUCGGAGCUUAGAAGAGUGCUUUCGAUAUGUUUGUAAGGCGUACAGGUAGCAGUUGAGGAGCAAGGGUGGAUGGUUAUUGCGAUAGAUAUGUGAUCGCUACGAUCGCUGCGAUCGCUGAGAAAAAAUAGUUCAGCGAUCAUAUGGAAACCACUCUCCAGCGAUCCGGAUCGCAGCGACAACGAUCGCUGAGAUAGAACGUCAUCUCAGCGAUUGCUGUCGCUGCGAUCGCUGCGAUCGCUGGAGAGUGGUUUCAUAUGAUCGCUGCGCUUGCUGAAGUUUUUUUUUUCUCAGCGAUAAUAUAUACUUGCAAUGGAAAAUGUUAAAAUACAAGGAUUGUCCGAGCUAAGCCGCGACUUAAGACCCUCUUCAGUCAUAUUUUCAUGAGAAAUUUUAGCUCCUUUAACCGAGUGAAAUUGUUCAUGAAGAGUUUGCAUGAAACAUUUAACUUUUUUUUCCGGUCUCACGAUGGACGUUUGAUUGUCCUAGAAGGGUUAACUGAAAUGAUAGUCACAUUUUCAUUUUGGUGAUGCAGUUACUCCCUAUAUAUUAAACAGACCUUCAAUAUUUUUAAAGCGCGAAACAAAAAUGUUAAAAAAGUAUUAAUGUAAUAGAUUCAAAUACAAUUUUAGCCACAGUUAGGUUGUUAGUUAACUAGUUAGUUAGUAGUACCCUUUGCAUUUUACCACGAACAUUUUUUGCCCCUGAUGUACUAAAUAUAAUGUUUAACUGUAUAUAUCUAGCCGGCUUUUUGAAAACGUUAUCGUCAAAUUGACUUUUUCCGUCCAACAGUUUUUUUCGGCCAAAAACUAUAUCCAAAGUAGCUCACUAUAAAACCUAAGACUGCAACCAUUGCUUUUUUUUUCUUCUCCUCUUUUCCUGAUCUCCUCGCUCUUUCUUUUUCUCCUUUCCUUUUCCUUCGUUACUGUGAUUUUGGAGCCGUUCUCGGGCUCAAGGAAACCUGCCUUUUGACGUCUUUUAUGUCAAAUGACUGCAAAUUUCGUUGGGUUGGUUUUCCAAAAAUCGGUUAGAUAUGCUAUUUAAUAAAUAAAUAUAUUUUAUCACCAGAUGUAGAGCCAUUUUCUUUGGAAAUGCUGUAAAUAAACCACCACCAUUAUAAUAAUAAUAAUAAUUAAUAAUAAUAAUAAUAAUAAUAAUAAUAAUAAUUAUCAUUAUUAUUAUUAUUAUUAUACUCAGGUGAACGAGCGCUGACAGUAAUUAGUUUUAAAAAUAUUCAGCUGAAACGAAAUUUAAUGCCCUCAGCUUUUAGUCAACCAAUUUAUCCUAAUCUCCCCUCAAACGUCACUGAUAUUUUUUCCACAGGUGAAAACAAGGGUUUUCAUUUCAGCUUUUGUGAAGGCAAUUUGAAAAACUGUAAGUUAAAGGUGAGCUUCCUAAUUCAUCGAAUUAUUAUUCAUGUAUCUUCAUUACUGUUUGUUCACCUCCUACUUUUCUUUUCUAAGUAAUCAAACUUUAUUCAAUUCAAAUUCUUUCUUAAGGUAGACGAACAACAGAAGAGAACGGGUAAAAGUGUCAAGCGAAAAGAAGUAAAAGAAAACAAGUCAUGCUAUUAUCUUCAUCCGAGUGCAUCACCUGGUUUGCUGUAUUCCUUACCCUGUUUGUUGCUAUAGUAACAGUGAACCUUAUAUCAAGCAUUCUUUUUAUAAAAAACCGCAGUCUUCACACUCGUGCCAUGUACCUAGUUAUAAACCAGACCGUAGCUGAUAUGUUUGUCGGAGGAUUUUCUCACUUUGCUCUACUUCGAAACCUCUCACUACUCUCACGUGACGUUGUGAAAAUGAACUUAAGCCCGGAACUAAUUGUGAUAAUUGAGUUUCUCUACGUCUGGUUUCCUCUGACCUCUCUAACAAACAUUGCAGUCAUUUCAUUAGAUCGGAUGCAUGCAACAAUUCGUCCCUUUAGGCAUCGCCUGAUCAAAAAGUGGGUAUACGGGGUAACAAUUGCUGCUGUCUGGGUUUUAGCUACACUGGUAUCAACUGCCAUUUUAAUACUUAUGCAAUAUGGGAAGGAAUGGUCGUAUUUUUUUUACUUAUGGCAAUCAUACUGUUGUUUGUGUCUAUUUGUUAUCUGUGUUUCUUACUCUUCCAUUGUUGUUAAAUUUUUGUGUGGAGCGCAUCCCCAGCACCAUGGUGCAGACAACAGACAAAGGAAACUGACCGUAACAUUAUUCGUAAUGACUAUCGUAUCCUUACUGAUGGUGCUACCAUAUGCGGUUUAUUUAUUUUUUGCUUUGUCUCAAUCUUGGACUAGUAUCAAGAAAUUCCUUUCUUUCCAGGAUUCAGUACGUUUGGAGUUUUCUUUAAUUAUUCUAUAUUUUAUGAACUCGCUUGUUAAUCCCAUAGUUUACACAAUCAGAAUGCCACAGUUCAGGAAAGCUCUCGUGCUGUUAUUUAAACGUCAACGAAGACAAAAUGCCCGAGAUAUUCCUCUUCAUGCGCUUUAG